AUGGCCUACCAAGGUGAAGUUUGUAAUAAAGCCUAUUAUGUGGUUUCACCAUUGACACUAAUGGAAUACUGGAAGACAGUGCUACAGCAGGAUAGAGAGUUGAAUACACCCUCCAGAGAAUACCAGAAGUUUAUAUGUGCUCUCUCAUCUUGCAAACCAGGAUUUGGAGUGGAUCAAUUACGAGAUGACAAUCUAGAAACUUACUGGCAGUCAGAUGGCUCCCAGCCUCAUUUAGUGAACAUCCAAUUCAGAAGAAAAACAACAGUGAAGACAUCAUGUAUUUAUGCGGACUACAAAUCUGAUGAAAGCUAUACUCCAAGUAAGAUCUCAGUCAGAGUAGGAAAUAAUUUUCACAAUCUUCAAGAAGUUCGGCAACUUGAAUUGGUGCAACCAAGUGGCUGGAUUCACGUUCCCUUAACUGAUAAUCAUAAGAAGCCAACUCGCACAUUCAUGAUACAGAUUGCUGUUCCAGCCAAUCAUCAGAAUGGAAGAGAUACCCACAUGAGACAAAGUAAAAUAUACACACCCGUGGAAGAGAGCUCCAUUGGUAAAUUUCCUAGAUGUACAACUAUUGAUUUCAUGAUGUAUUACUCAAUAAGGUGA